AUAUUGAAACAAAUAUUGAAGGCCAUGUCGUAAUCCUGAGCUUAGGUGUGUCCUCUACACUUUAUAAAUACCUCUCAUUUACAACUAGCAACACAUGUGAUACAACACUGCACCUGAAGACAUCCAAGGAGGAAAUCUCCAAACCACAAGGUAUCAUCCUUUCAUUUCCCAUGAAUAACACCAUGAAGCUGAAAAGGUUUGCCUUGCUUACAGUGGCGACACUCCUGAUCUCACAGAUUCUCAUGGUGGAAGGAAAUAAGCAAAAAGAAGGAAAGAGAGACAAACAGAGAGGGGCAGGUAAAGACGAAAAGCAAAAACAUUCCACUCAUAAUGGAGAAAGAGAGAGAGGAUCUAAAGGAGGGGGAGGCUUCCUUCAAGGAAAAUUUCUCAGUAAAGACAAAGCAGAAUGCAUCUGGUCUGUAUCUGGGGCUGAGACUGUAACUUUAAAUGUUGAAUGUACUAAAGGGGAAACAAAAGUAUCCUGUGCCUAUGGAGGAAACCCUACAUCAUGCCAAAAUUACGCCACAAAUCAGAAGUCUUACUGGAAGCAAAUCAAUCGGGCUCUGAAAAAGCAGAAGAACAUUUGCCAGGACCAACAAGCUGUUCUAAAGUCUAAGGAGUGCAAGAAAGGCCCUCCGGAGGCACACCUAAGGUACAUCUUCUCUAGUGUGUCGGUGCCCAGCCAUGAACAUAAAGUCCAAGAAGGGCCUAAACCAACAACUAAAGUGGACAUCAUUGAACCAACUAAAGAGUGUGCAGAAGAUCCAGAUAUCCUGGAGAGGCAAAGAUUAGCCAACGAGUACUGUGGAAACUCAUGGAGCUCACUGUGCAAAUUCUUCUUCUCAAUGCUGCAGGACAAAACUUGCUAAAUCAAAAUA